CAAAUCCAUGGCGGCAGCGGAGAGAGUGAAGAUGACGACGAUUGAGAAGCUGAUGAUUCAGAUCUUCGAGAAGAAGUCCCGGAUCCUCGAACACGUCAAGCAACAGAUUCAUCUCUUCGAUCACCACCUCGCCUCCAAACUCCUCAUUGACGGAAUUGCCCCUCCUCCAUGGCUGUUGACCUCCGACCUCCCCUCCCGGACCUCCGAUCCCGCCGAGUUGAAUGCUGAAGAUCUCAUUUCAGAAGUUCUUUUAUCACGGCAACAACGGCCCGCGAUCCCAUUUUUACAUAGUCACUGUCUCGUGUACGAGAAGCCAGUUGCUGAAGUUACUACCGGGCAGCUGCCAAAUGGUUUGUGCACAGAAGAAGUGCGUGCUGAAAAUAAAGCUUUCAACGAAGGAGACAAUCCAUGCAGUGAUGUUGGGUGUGCCUCAGUUGGUGUUUCUACGUUGGAUCAUUGCAUUACAGUCCCUCAAGAUCAGAGAGAUGAGGAUCCUAGUAUUCCUUCUCCUCAGGACCAGAGAGAUACUAGAAUCUCUGACGAUAACCAUGAUUUAGCUUUAUCAUUGGCUAGGCUUCAUAGAUCCAAAUCAAGGCAAAGGGCUCUUGAGCUUCGUAACAGUGCAAAAGUGGAUAAAUGCCAGUUAGGAGACGACAAUAAUUUAAGUGGUUGUUCCCGUGGAAAUAAUGGGUCUGUGGUUCCGUUCCUUCAGGUUGAUCAGCUUGAAGAAAUGGACUCAGUUAAAACUCUUGAUACCAGUAAUGAUAAUUGUGUGGUCGAAGAUGCAAACUUAGGUGAUACUUGGAGCAAGGAGAAAGGCAGCAGAAUAGAUUCUAGAGAAGUUACAAGAUUUAGAAGCCCGGGCCUGCAACAGAGUUCUUUGAAUGUGGAUGAUUCAUCUAAUGUUGUGAGGGAGGAUGAUGCCAUGCUUAUGGAGUCCGUUGGCCUGUCAAUACAGCAGUCUAACCACAGGAAUCAAUCAUUGGAACCAGUUAGCAACUCGCUAAUUGAUGAUCAAAAUGGCAGAGAGACAAAAUCAAAAGUUGGUAAUAAGAGAAGCAAAGAGAAAGGAAGCAACACCAACUUCAGGAGGAUAACGAGAUCUAAACUUUCUACCGAACAAAAUAACCGUGUCACUGAAUUAUUUGAGCUUGAUGGUUCUCGUGACAAGCAAAAGGAAAGGGGUACUAGCAGUCUAACACGUCAAGCACAACUGCUUGAUCGAGGGGAAAUCAAUAAAUCUGCUAAUAUCGUUGAAAAAGGUGCUGGUUUGAAACGUGUAACUCAGGAUUAUUCUGGCAGAAUAACACGAUCUAGAAGUUCUCGUUUGCCAAGCAACACUGUUUAUGAUUUGUCAAAGCCGGUGAGCUUGUUACCUGAUCAAGAGAAUCUUGAGUUGUGUGUGGUCAGUGGGACAGAACAUUUAAGUAAGAGGGAUUCUGCUGAAGGAUAUAUCUCUAAAAGCAAAGGAUCACAGGGGGAGGCUUCAUAUUCCAAUGUGAAUACUCACAUAUCUGCUGAAAAGGCAUUUACGAUUCAGGAGGAAGAAAAACCGUUUGCAGCAAAUUCUACAGAUGUUUCAGAUGGGGAAAAUAAUGUAGAUGAGAGUGUUGGCAGAAAUACAAGAACGAAGCCUAAUUUUACUGCUGAAAUAACAUCAGAACUUGUCAGGUCUGAAGGUUUGGGUCGUAGAGUCAACCUGUUCGCCUCUAAUUCUUCACCUAAACAGCUGGAAACUAAAUCGUUAAACAGCUCUGGAAGGAUUAGCUGCAAUGUGUCAGGUCUUGAUGUGAAAGGCCUACCUUGUACCAGCACCAGUCAGUCUGCUAACCUGGAGGGAUGUGUUGCAACUGUUACGGAAACUGAAAUUGUCCCUGUAGGACCAGAUGAAGUCCACCCUGUCUGUUUAGGAUCCAACGCGAAUGGCAAUGGCUUUGUUGGACUUGAAGUUUUAGCCACCUGUCCUGCUGAUACUUCUAUGCAUGUGGAGCCCAAACAACUGAAUUUCGAUGAUGUGGAAGUGUCCAGUUUCACUGAAGCUAUUGCCGCUAAAAAGGAAAAUGAGAGAUUAUUGGAAAAAAGUCCUGCUUUGUCGGAAUCUGCAGGUAUACUGGAUAAAGCAAUGGCUGAUGUGGAAACGUCCACUUUCAAUGGAAUGUCUGCUCUUGCUGUUGAAAAGGAAAAUGAGGGGAGAUUAUUGGAAAGAAGUCCCCCAGUUUUGUCGGAAUCAUCAGGUAUACUGGAUAAAGUAAUGCCUGAGAAUUACCAGGAAAAUUACAACGUAUCCCUGGAGGAAACGGUUGAUUUGAGCGAAGAGGAGCCCCAAAGAGAUUCUUCUGAAGUCAAAGAAGACGACACGAGUACAACCGUUAUAGCUUUGGAAGAACAUGUUCUCUCUCCAGCAAAAGAAACAUCCCAUGUGGAGAAGAAUAUACUUGCUCAAAAUCUGCAACAGAGUGACAAGAAUUCCAAAGCAAGAUCUUCUUUGACAGGUAAUUUAGUUACAACACAAGCACCGCGGGAAAGUAUGCCUGGAAUCCUUUUGAAGGACGUCACAAUUUCGAAUCUCUCUGAUCUUAAUGUGCAUACAGGGAUGGAUCCCUCCGUUGAGACAGAAACCAGAACACUCGUUGAUGCAAAACCUACUGAAUUAGUCCCAAAAGUCAGUGAGCUGGAGACUUUAUCUGUUGAUCGCGAACUUUCGGAAGAUGCUGAUUUUCCUCAAGUAACUAAACCUGAUACUUAUGCAGAGCAGGAAGCAUGUACAGAUCACACAGUUGAGCUUCCUUGUGCUGUUUCCAAGGAUGAAAGUAUGGGCAACUUAGCACAUGCAACUGUGAAUUUAGACAUGUUUCAGUCUCAUACUGUAGAACCCUUGGACAGAUGUAGUCAUGAAGACACAAGCAUUGAUCAGUCCCAAUCAACUCAGCGCCAGAUUACAGCAAAGUCGGUGGCAAAAACCUCUUCGGUUGAGGGUUCAUGGAUUCGGAAUAAGCGAAAAAGGAGCAAUCCACUUGAUACCCUGUCUAAUUCACCUGGCAAGAGAGAAAAUCAUGUUCUUUCUGUCAACAAAGAUGGUGGUAGUAGGAACUUGUUAAAUGAAGAACGUAGUCCAAAGGCUAUCCUAGAAUCCAAAGACUUUCAAGUUUCUCCAGAGGAUGUUACUCAAUCAGUCAUCAGGGGGAGUCAAGUUGAAGAACUGCAUCAAAAUCAUGACACCAACGUGCCAGAGGAUUAUAUAUUUUCACCUAAAUUUCAAGUUGAAACGAUUGAAUUUAGCUUGGAAGAGAGGGAUAGAAAUGCAAACAGCUCGACGACUUUUGCAAACAAGGGACAGCAAGCAUCCUUUGUUGCAACUGAGGCCAGACACGCUGUUGGAGAUUGCGAAAGUCAGUUGAUGGAGGAGACAAGAGAUGCAGAUCCAACCAGCAUUGUUUAUGACGGAGAAUGGCAAUGCAGUUUACAAGAGAGUGGCAAUUCAUAUCAUCUUGAAGAAAAAUUUGAAAACGAGAAUACUGAAUGUGUGACUAAUGAUGAAGCGCUAAUGCAGGAAGAGAUACCUGAUCUGGUAGGAACCAGCAAGUUUUCAUGUUCUUCAGUUGGUUCGCCACGGAGCCCAUCUUUGUACUUGACUCGGGCUGAUGAGACAAUGCCAGUGCUCGAGAGAUUUGUUAUGCAAUCAGAUGAUGAACAACCGUGCAAUGCUGAUGAGGGAAUCAGCUUUGAUAAGCUUAACCUUUCGAAUAGUAUGAUAGAGCGUGCUAGCAUUUUGGAGCAGCUUUGCAAAUCUGCUUGCAUGCAAACUCCAGCGUCCUGCUCUUCACCUUCGUACAAAUUGCAUAAAUUUUCCAAUUUAUACCUGUCUGUUCCCACUGGACUUCUAGAGGGUACGGAUACGAAGGACAAACUUCCUUCUCAUGCAAGAUCCCACUCUGAUUGUCUUCCCGGUACAACUAGCUAUUGUGAUUGGGAUAUAAAAAAGCCUUGUUUAUCCCCGGUUCGGAAAGUCUGGGACAGAAUCAUAGAAUCUGGUAGUUCAGAGAAACGGAGGAGCUUAAAUCCUGAGCUUCCAUGCAUUAAUGAAGAGAAUGAGAACAUGGAAGAGGUUGCCUAUACCUACCAAGAAGGCAUUGUUACAGAGAUGCUGACUAGCUCGGUUAAAAGAGAACCACUUGCCGAAAUUGAUGCGAACCUUGCUCCAUCUGAAGCGGAGACGUACACCGAUAGGUUUAGUUUAGAAUCUGUAAACACAGAAUUCAGCUUCCAGGGGACUCAUAACAAGGGCAAAAAGAAUGCUGGAAAUGGAAGAAGCAUUCGGAGAAGAUACAACAAUAAGGAGAAUGAGACAUUAGGAUCCACUUCUCUUAAGGGGAAGCUCGGAUCACUUCAUAAUCGGACUAGUAAGCCAAAAUUGUCAGCAAAAACCAACUCCAGAAAAGGAGGUUUAAGUAUCACGGAGACGGAGACCAAGCGCAGCAAUAUUCUGUCCAAUAUUACUUCAUUUAUUCCACUUGUUCAACAAAAACAAGCACCUGCAGUCGUAACAGGGAAACGAGAUGUCAAAAAAGUGAAGGCCCUAGAGGCUGCUGAAGCUGCAAAGCGUGCUGCAGAAAAGAAAGAGAACGAACGCAAGCUUAAGAAAGAAGCCAUGAAGCUUGAGCGAACAAGACAAGAGCAAGAGAAUUUGAGGCAGUUGGAGCUGCAGAAGAAAAGGAAAGAAGAGGAGAGGAAGAAAAAAGAGACUGAAAUGGCAGCAAAGAAAAGGCAAAGGGAAGAAGAAGAGAAAAAAGAGAAGGAAAGAAAACGGUUGCACGUUGAGGAGACGAGAAAGCAGCAGAAAGAACAAGAACAAAAGUUGCAGGCAGCAAAGGAAGUGAAAAACAGACAAGAUCGAAACAUGGAUGAAAAAGGACAUGAGAUAAGGGAAUCCAAGGUUGAAAAAAAGAAAUAUAAAAUGGAAAAGGGAAAGGGAGAUGACAAUUUCCCAAGUAUCUCCGAAGCUGAACCUACGACUACCCGAGCAUCAACAAGUGAUGAUAGAAGAGCUGGCAUUGUUCAUAAAGAAUUUGAGGCUUCGAGUGAUGCUGGAAAUAGUUUAAAGGGACAAGUGUCUUUGAUGAACAAUUUAGGCAAGCCAACAAGAAAUGAAAACUUGGCUGCCACCACAAGACAAGAAGAGUCCUAUGAUAUUUCUCCAUACAAGUGUUCAGAUGACGAAGAUGACGAAGAUGAAGAAGAUGAGGAUGUACCAAAUGGAAAAUUUGUUCCUUCAUGGGCCAGUAAAAAUCGCAUAGCUUUAGCUGUGUUUUCCCAAGAUGAUGUAAACCCAGCAGCGAUAUUCCCCGCAGAAAGCUUCUGCCGUAUAGCCGAAGUUAUUCUGCCACGAAGAUUUCGGGUAAAGUAGUGGGAACCAGAACCAGGACUUUGAUCUCCAUGGACUUUGUUAACACUUUUAUUUUUUGCACUGAGGAAGAUUCCCAAAGAUGAUUUCCUGAAGAGUUCUCAAGCGGGUGAUUUGUUCCUGUGAUCUGCCAUGUACAUGCUUCUUUUCCAUUGACUUGUUCCAUGUUUUGCAAGAAUUUCUAAGAAUUGACCAAAUUUCACUGGCGCUAGGAAGGGUAAAUGAUUAGUCAUCUUCAUGGCCUUUCUCCUAUUGGUUCUUGUUCCUUAGUCGACACUGAUUACUAGCUCUGGUUUAAAAAAAAAA